CAGGUAUGCUCCACGGGGAGUGUUUACUUCACUAGGGCUGGCUGGGGAGAGAAGUGUGAGGGCCCCAGCAAGGUGCCUCUCUGCCUCCACCCUGCUCUCCUCCACAAAACCCUGAGAGCCUGAAACCUGUCCCUCAAGUCACAGAUUCCUUAUGUGACCUCACUGGGUAGUGAUGACCUCACAGGCCUUCUCACAGUUUCCAUGGCAGGGUAACUACGCAAAUGUGGUGCUCUCGGGGAAACUUUCCUACCAGUUCUCUACUGGAUACCAAUCUGUUUGGUUGCCUGAGAAUGUCUGACCGGAUCUUCUAUAUUCAUUCUAACUUGUCCUCUGUACCCUGGGAGGGCAGCACAACAGCAGCUGUGGCUCCCACUUCUCCUCCUACACCUGGUCACUACCAUGUCCUCUACCGAGGGUGUGGAGAAACCCAAGUGGGCUGGCAUGGGGAGACAUACUGCCUGGUUGGUGGCUACCGGACCUAUGGGGAUGCUCCUGUGGCCACCCCAGCAAAGGUGGAAGCAGAGAAACCAAUUCCCAGCCGGGCUCCCAAGAGACGUCGAGCUCUCACAGAGUCGGAUAAAGACCUAGGUUGCUCCAGCCCCAAAAUUCGGCGAUUGCAGCAAGGUGGCCGGAGGAUGACCCCACAGAAGCUUGCUGGCUGAGCCACUCUCCAGGGAAGGCAAAUGUUUAACCACCCAAGACAGCUAAUGCCUCUUCCUGCAGUGAACCCCACUGCCCAUCAUUGGAGAUUAGAACCUGAGCCAUUCUGUCUGAGCUUUCAUCGGCCAGGAGCCUCCUUCCAUACUAACUGGCUAUACACAAGGAGCCUUAGGAACUGAAGCUUGAAAUGAGAGGCUGCUCUGAACAUCCCAGGGCUGAAACUGGCCUGGAAGAAAACCUGGUGUUUCUCUGCUCAAUAUUCCAGAGUCCCUUCUUGGGAAGAAGAAAGAAAAGUCUGUAUUCUUUGAGUCAACAAGGAUCCUGGAGCAGAGAGAGGGUUCAGACUGGUAUCAGCAGGGGCCCAUCUAUCAGAUGGAUUCCUGCCCUGAGUCAUUGCCAGCAGCCAUCAACACAAACCAAGAAAAGCCGGGCUUUUUGAAACUGAAAAAAGCAAUUUGUGUCUACCCAGGGAGCCCCCUGUCUGGAGUUCCAGGAAGCAGAAUAAAGAGACCCAGGAAGACCCACUCGCCAGCGCAGGAAGAAAAUGGAGAGAGUUGGGUGUCACCACUGAGGUUCAUGUGCUCCUUCAUUCCCAGCCCUUUCUGGCCCCAGGGGGAUUUCUGACUGUUCA